GAUCCCUACACAGUUAUGAUACUGACUGAUGGUAUUACUCUUCUAUGCAAUGAGAUUCGGGUGGAUUCUCAAGAUAUUGUUAUGUUAGUUCUUUCAUUGCACAUGAAGGCUUCUACAAUGUGUGAAUUUUCCAAGCAAGAGUUCUUCACUGGGUUGCAGGCACUGGGGAUAGAUUCUUUGGGAAAGUUUCGUGAGAGGAUACCAUUCAUGCGCUCUGAACUUAAAGAUGAACAAAAGUUUGGUGAGAUAUACAACUUUGCAUUUGGCUGGGCAAAAGAAAAGGGUCAGAAAUCUUUGGCAUUGGAUACUGCAAUUGGUAUGUGGCAAUUGUUGUUUGCUGAGAAGCAAUGGCCAUUGGUGGACCAUUGGUGCCGGUUCUUACAGGCUCGACAUAACAAAGCAAUCUCUAGGGACACGUGGCCUCAACUUUUGGCGUUUGCUAGGACAAUUGACCCUUCACUAUCAAAUUACGAUGCUGAAGGCGCAUGGCCGUAUCUCAUAGACGAAUUUGUGGAAUACUUGAACGAGAACGGAAUCAAUUCAAAUGCCCAGUCGAUGACUGAUUGGAACCAAAAACGAUGAAAGCUGCUGCAUAGUUUGUGUUGGUAAGUCUUGGUCUUCUGAAAAUAUGAUGCAGAAGAACUCAUGUGGUUUUUAUAUGAACUUCGAUUGACAAAAUGUACCCAUUUUUACUCCAUGGGAUUGUUGAUAUUU